GCCAAACUGUUUGGACUUGGCUCUUCUCUCCUCUUGGCUCGAGAGCAAUCCAGAGGCCCUCCUCAGGGAGCCAUUGGAAUAGUUGGCUUUUAGUGAAAUUCAACAGUUGGACUAUUGUUUCUGCUCAGAGUGGGUUCCAUAAAUUUGAAUUCAUUCAUUUGGAAAAUUCCUGGUAGAGCAUUUUUACCUAAACUAAACAAAAAGAAGAUUGUGAAUUGAAACCGCACUAACGUGAUGAUCAACGCUGAUCAUAGUUCAAACAUGCAUACAUUAACUGGUGUGAAAUUAAUCGAAAUUGAUAGUUUGGUGAAUUAGGACCGGCUCGAUUUGUUUUUUUUUUCGGCAUUUUGUUUGCUCUUCUUUCAACGGUCUACUGCGACCUCGGGGGAACACCAAUUACGUUCAAUCGUCUACAAAUUUGCUUUAAGUGCCGUUGGUGAUUGAUCCGUGACGUUCUUCGAUAGGCGCCACCAAAUUUCCCCAUCAGCUGAUUCAACAUCCAUCCGGACCGGGCAAGUUUAAUUGAAAAAUGCUACCGCGGCUACAUCCGUUGGCCAUUUGUCCGCAAUGACAUCGUCAGGUAAUAAUGAGAGCACCGGGAACAAUUGUACACGUUGAGAUUAGAAUCUUGAAGUGGUCUGCGGUGGCCGUUCCCGUUGUCACGACGCCCUUCGCCAUCAGCAUAGCCGUGCCAUCGUCGUCGUGGUCGUGCAGCGCAACCACCGUUGUUCGUGGUAUUUGGUCAGUGCUUCCUGGGUGGAUCGCAGCAAGCGACGAAAAUUAGACGCGUUCAGGAUAAAAAAAAAAGAGUUAAGGCUAUAGAGCAACUGCAAAGGAAGGUAGUUUCUCAUUUCCCGGUCGUCGUCGUUUUUUUCGCCAGUAUAUUCACACUUGCCUUUUGAGUUCAAAUGUAUCAAGGCUGACAAAAGGGUUCAUUGCUUUAAGGAUUACAGCCGUGUACGCUCGGGUGAACGAGGUCAACUGUCGUCUUUUGUUAGCUAUCUAGAUAUCCCUUUUCAUUGCCGACCUGUCCAACGACUGCACCGUUGUAUGCCGACUCCUGAGCCGAUAGUCCCAGCAGAAGAGGAAGAUGACGAACGAUACGGCGACAACGAAUGCCGCCUACGAUCAGGGCAACUGUAAGAAGCGAGAAUCGUGGCACACGAACGGCGAUGCCACGGAUCCACCGGGAGGCGAGAAGGAUGAUGGAACCGACCCGGACUCAAACCCUGGUGGUGGAGGAGGCUGUGAUCAGACAAAGGAGACGACCUCGUUAAAUCCGAAGGGGAACAAGGAACGGGCACUGGUGGUAACGCUUACCGGGGAGCGAGAGCGGGAGACGUGGAGCCAGAAGGCCGAAUUCCUGUUGGCGGUCAUUGGAUUUGCUGUGGAUUUGGGCAAUGUGUGGCGCUUUCCGUACAUUUGCUACCAAAAUGGGGGUGGUGCAUUUCUCAUUCCCUACUGCAUCAUGUUGCUGUUCGGCGGGUUGCCUCUGUUCUAUAUGGAACUGGCCCUAGGGCAGUUUCAUCGGUGCGGUUGUCUUACGAUUUGGAAACGGAUUUGUCCGGCACUGAAAGGUGUCGGCUAUGCAAUCUGCCUGAUCGACAUUUAUAUGGGCAUGUACUACAAUACGAUUAUCGGCUGGGCGGUGUAUUAUCUUUUCGCCUCAUUUACCACCGAGCUGCCGUGGACGAAAUGCGGCAACCCAUGGAACACGGAUGCCUGCAUGCCGGUCACGUCAAUGGUGAAUGCCAGUAUGUUGGCAACAUUGGUUGGACCUAAUGGAACUCUCAUUGCCACCGGCGUCAACGGAACUAUCGGCCUACUGGGGAAUGUGAGCACCACAGUGAUCAACGCCGCCGCUAACCUUGGCGAGGAUAUAGUGCGGACCAGCCCGGCGAGGGAGUUCUUUGAGCGCCAGGUUCUGGAGCAGUACAAAUCGGACGGAUUGGAUUUUAUGGGACCGGUCAAGCCUUCGCUGGCGCUGUGUGUCUUCGGGGUGUUCGUGCUGGUGUAUUUUUCCCUCUGGAAAGGUGUCCGAAGUACAGGCAAGGUGGUAUGGGUAACGGCAUUGGCGCCGUAUGUGGUCCUACUGAUCCUGUUGGCACGAGGUGUAACACUGCCCGGAGCGGCCGAUGGCAUUCGAUACUACCUAACUCCCGAGUGGCAUAAGCUUCGCAAUUCCAGAGUUUGGAUCGAUGCCGCCUCGCAAAUAUUCUUCUCCCUGGGACCGGGAUUCGGUACGCUGCUGGCUCUCUCUAGCUACAACAAAUUCAACAACAAUUGCUAUCGCGACGCUUUACUGACGAGCAGUAUCAACUGCCUAACCAGUUUCCUCGCCGGAUUUGUGAUUUUCUCUGUGCUAGGGUACAUGGCCAACGUGCAGAAUAAAUCCAUUGAAGAUGUGGGCCUGGAAGGGCCGGGACUGGUGUUCAUCGUCUAUCCGGAGGCGAUCGCUAUGAUGAAGGGAUCGGUGUUUUGGUCGAUAAUUUUCUUCCUCAUGUUGAUUACGCUAGGGUUGGACAGUACCUUCGGAGGGCUGGAGGCGAUGAUAACGGCUUUGUGUGAUGAGUACCCGAGGACAAUCGGUCGGCGGAGAGAGUUGUUCGUGCUGAUAUUGCUGGUGUUGAUCUACAUAUGCGCGCUGCCGACGAUGACUUACGGGGGCGUCUACCUAGUAAACUUCCUAAACGUGUACGGUCCGGGCCUGGCGAUCCUAUUUGUCGUGUUCGUCGAAGCAGCUGGUGUGUUCUGGUUCUACGGCGUGGACAACUUCUCUGCCGACAUUGAGCAGAUGUUGGGAAAAAAGCCGUCGCUCUUCUGGCGCAUCUGUUGGAAAUACAUCAGUCCAACGUUUCUGUUCUGCAUCUUGAUAUUCUCGCUUUUGGGUUACGAAGCCAUGCUGGAGGGAGAGUACAAAUAUCCCGAAUGGAGCAUAGCGGCCGGUUGGGUUCUGACGCUGUCGUCGGUGCUGUGUAUUCCGCUGUACGUUAUCUACAAGUUCAUGAUUAGUGACGGUGGGUGUAGAAGUCGCCUGCGGCAGACAUUCAAACCCGAACCGCUGAUACCGACGGCUGUGCCCGGACAGAUCUACUCCGGCACUGCCGUCUGACAUGAUUGCUCGAGCGAUCGCGACGUAGACCGUCGUCAACCGAGUUACUGUUGCUGCAGCGGUGGCUACUGCUGCUAUCAUUGCUUUAAUCGUAUCGAUUCACCAACGAACUGUAGCUGUUCCCCAAACUACAACAACUACUACAAUACCGCUAAUCUCUGCAUUGGUACUAGCGAGCAUAAUCAUAGCAUACGUCGUUCACCUAGUGGUACUGAUAAUGAUAACUAUGAAGAUAAGCUUAGAGUUGGUCAAAUGUUACAUGUCGAUGGUGCAAGCUACUGCAAGAAGCCUAGUGAUAUUGAUAGUACUUACUAUUCUAGCUACAACUACGGUGGUAAUGGUAACUAUAAUGGAUUGUAUUCAGAGUUCAGGACGAAAAAGCUAUCGUUUCCUCUGGCCACGGAGUGGCUCGUUUGAUUCUAUUUGCCAAAGAUCUUAUCUGUUUGUUCAAGGACUUCCUAUUUUCUAGAAUCCAAUGCCAACUAUGUCUCGUCGUUAUAAGUUUUGAUCAGAAUUUAUCGAUAUAAGUUGUACCAAACUGCCACAAACAGCCAUAUGUGGCAGACUGGUCGGACUAUUCCUCAGAUUCAAUACCUCGCUCGCCCUAAGUUCAUAAUUAUACGCAUUUGUUACGCUGACAAAAGGAGAGAAUCUGUUAGAUGAUGCAACGAGUUGAUAUUUAUUGCUAGGAUUUAUUGUCUAGGAACCAUGUUAUCUGUUUGGGAUUAGGAAAGCCAUCUGGGUUUUUGUUGACAGAAGAUGAUGGGGCCAUUACUGAUCCAAUUGAUUGUUUAGUCGAUUAAGCUUUUAUAGAGUUAAGCUAGAGAGUAUUCUAUAUUUAGCCAAACAGGUAGUCUAGCCUAGCUGAGUCAUUAGUGUUUGUAAGAUGUGCUUUAGAAAAAAUAAAUAAAUCAAUCAAAUGAUUGUAGUCGUUAGGAAACCUGUACAACGCAUUCGGUAAGUUUUGUUUACUGAACCUGAGAAUUGUCAAAGGAAGAAUCUGAGCGAUGGAGUUGAACCGGUACCUGUGAAAUUUGACUCUGCCAGGAAGUGUUAAAAUUGCAAGCAGCCAUUUGAAGUUUGAACACUGAAUUGCGUGAUGAUCGGAAUCCGAUUCUUCUGUAAUGAUUUUUGUUAUUAGGAAUUUUCAGACAAUAAAAGACUUUGAUUUUAUU